CCCAGGCAAGAUCUUUUGAAAGAUGUAAAGUGCGACAAUUUGAGCGAAUCUUUUAUACUUUUCGUAGUUUCGUUUUUUUUUUGUAAUAAGUACUUUUUUAUAGACCAGAAACCGACGACAAGUUAAUUUAUACCCAUAGCCUAGGUAAAUCGUGCACAGAGAGUUACAAUGGUCACAUACAGCCUGGUAUUACUACUGGUAACCUGUGUCUUAUCCCAAGAUCUUAGAUACAAUUGUCCAGAUGAUUGGGUUACCACUGACAACACAUGUUACAAGUUUGUCUUCUCACCUAAACUGACCUAUGAAAAAGCUAGGAAGACAUGUGCUGAUAUGUUUGCCUCACUGAUAAGUAUCACAGAUUUAACAGAACACAAUUUUAUUGAGAAUUAUCUGAUCAAUAAUGAUUUUUAUAGAAAUAGUUGGUAUACAAGAGGAAUACAGGACUUUUCAGGUACAAACUCCUGGUACUGGGAUGGGGAGACGACACCUAUACCCUACACUCAGCAAUACUGGUUACCAAAUGCUCAAAAGUCUCCUGGUGUUAUCAUUGUAUACAGUUAUGCAGUGAGUAAAUAUGGUUGGAGCUUAGCUGGAAAGAACAAAGUAUUACCAUACAUUUGUGAAAUACCAAGAACCUUUGCAUAUAGACUGACCAUGGAAAAGAGAACUUUUGAAUUUGGUAUACCAUUUCAAAAUCUGACCAAUAUACAAAGAGGACCAAUUUUCCAAGCACAGCCUGAAAGUGUGAUGGUAGUUUCUCGCACUCCAAUUGCUAAUGUAGAGUGCCGAGCAUCAUGUUAUCCUACCUGUCGUUACAAAUGGUUCAGAGGAUUGGGUUUGACUGAAGAGGUGAGUGCUUCAACUGACAAUAGGUACACAAUGACAAAUGGAAAGCUAUCAAUACAGGAUCCUGAUGAAGCCAAGGAUGCAUCAACUUACCAGUGUCAAGUUUCUAAUGAGAUUGGAACAGUCAUAAGUAACCCAGUCCAAUUGGCCUUUGGAAGUCUUGGAGAAUUUUCCAAUGUAAAAGAUGCACCAGUAUUUGCCAAUGCAUAUGAAGGAAGUGUCAUACACUGUAGCCAUAUCAAGGCUGAUCCAGCUGCUACUUACAUGUGGCUAAGAGGAAAUCCACCAAGGGAGAUAAUAACUGAAACGACACCAUAUACCUUCAUGUCUGCCAAUGGUAGACUGUAUUUCUCAGAGGUGACAUUGAUUGAUGCUUUAGACUAUUACUGCCAGGUGUCAUUGACUAGUUUGACAACUUCUUCUCUAGGAACAUCUCAAGCCCCUAGUAGAGUCAGCAGGCCUAUCACAAUGAUAGUUAGGCAAAAAGCUCCUAUGACCAACUGGGGACCAGAUAUACAAGAUGAUUUUAUAUAUGUGUCACCAGAACGUCCAUUGAAAGGAUUUAAUGUCAGAAUGGAAUGUUUUGCUUAUGGAUCAGCAGUGAACUAUGGUUCCACCUGGAGAUAUCAAUGGUCAAGACCUGGAGGCCAAAUACCUCAAAAUGCCAAAUUUAGUGACUUUAACCGUGUCAUGACAAUUGAGAAUUCUCAACCAGAAGAUGAAGGAAAUUACUUGUGUAUUGUGUCCAGAGGGACAACAGCCAGCAGUCAAAAAAAUUUGUAUCUUCGUCUUUAUGCUGUGCCUUAUUACUUAGUUCCAUUACGACCACAACACGUAGAUCUUGGCAGUGACUUAACAUGGAAAUGUGAAGCAUCAGGAUAUCCUUACCCUACAUAUAGUUGGUACAAAGAUGGAAAACUGAUAGAGAUUAUUCCAGGGGAAAUUAAUGUUGCUGGAAAUACCUUAACGAUUUUCAACUUACAACUAAAACACAAUGGAAUGUAUCAGUGUGCUGCAGAAAACUACUUAGGAACUAGUAUGAGUGAAGCACAACUUAGAGUCUUAGCUUUCAAGCCAACUUUCAACAAGAAACCUUUACCAGAAGAAAUUUAUGGAGCUGUGAAUGGAAACAUAACAAUUCAGUGUCGUCCUGAGGCAGCUCCUGCACCAACCAUUGAAUGGUAUAUAGGUGCCAGUCUAAUAUCAUCUACUGACAAAUUUAGACGAGAGCUAAAUGGAGAUUUGGUUAUAACUGGUCUUGGUAUGGCAGAUGCAGGAGUUUAUAGAUGUAAAGCUACAAAUGAUUUAGGAUCAACUGAAAGUGCAGGAAGACUGUUUGUUAAAGGUCAAGUCGCUAUUAGUGUACCACCAGCUGUAACUGAUAAGGCUGUGCAAAAUGAAACAAAAUUUAUACGAUGUGAAGCUUCUUAUGAUCCAGAACUUGAUCUUGUGUAUGUGUGGAAUUUAAAUGGUCAUCGGAUUAAUAUAGUAAAAGAUUUCCACUAUGAACAGAUUGUAAGACCUGGAUAUACAGGACUGAUGAUUAAACUGAUUCAGUUUAGACAUGGAGGAGAUUAUGAAUGUAUUGCUAAAACACCUGUCAAUGAAGCAAGAGCAUCAGGAUUUUUGAAGAUUUUAGGUCCUCCAUCAGAGCCUGCAGGUGUGACAGCUGAUACAACCAUGACGACUAGUUUGAGGUUAAACUGGUUCCCUGGUAAUACAAAUGGUUUAGCAGUAGAUUAUUAUACAAUACAAUCGCGUGUACAAGGAGAAGAAGGUGUGAUGACAGAUUGGGAUUAUAUAAUUAAUGACGAUGGUGGGAGGGUUUUUGAAAGGGAUGUGAUGCCUAUGGGUGAUGCUCGAGCAGACAGGAGAAGUUACCUUGUGAAAAAUCUAAAACCAGGCAAUCAAUACCAGUUCAGAGUGGCAGCUAAGAAUGGUUAUGCUGGCAUAAGUCCUCAAAGUUAUCCAUCAGCAUUGACAAAGACCUUAGAAGCAGCACCAAUAGCAAUGCCAUCAUUGAUCUAUGGGGGAAAUGGUAGUGUUGGAGACCUUCAUAUUAUAUGGAAUGAAAUGCCAUAUGAAGACAGAGGCCAUCAGGAUGGUGGAUAUAUGGUUUACUGGAGACAAUUUCAAGAGGGUAGUGAUCAGAGAGUAUGGAAUAAGGAAAAAGUUACAUCCUGGAAGCAAACACACUUUGUUUACCAGGUUGGAGAGGAAAAUUUUUAUCUAUUGUAUGAAAUAAAAAUUCAAGGCUGGAAUGUAAUUGGAAGUGGUCCCAAUGCUUCAGCUAUGAUUUACUCCUCUGAAGGCAUGCCAACAGCAGCACCUGGUAAUGUAUUAGCAGACGCUUUUAAUUCUACUGCUAUGGAGGUAACAUGGGAUGCAGUAGAAGAUACCAGGGCGGUUAUGAAAGGUCGUCUCUAUGGUUACCAAAUAAACUACUAUUCAGAUGAUGAUAUUGAACCAUUGUACAAGACAUAUAUACGUUUCCCAGGACAGAUGGAAUCUGCUGUGUGUAUUGGUCUAUGGGCAGAUUCUAAUUUCUGGUUUCAAAUUCAAGUGUAUAACACUGCUGGACUUGGACCUGUUAGUGACUCGUACAAACAGGAAACUCUGCAUUUAGCUUCAAGAUUAUAUCCAACGGAAGUAGCAGUGCACUCCCAUUCAGCAACAUCCGUUGUAGUCUCAUGGAGAGGUAUUUUGAUUGAAUUUGAUGAAGCCACUAUUGCAAAUUAUAGGUUGUAUCUUUGGCCUUCUAAUGAACACUUUAGAUCAGCAGAAGAAAUUGACACUGAUGGACUGGUUACUUCUUAUGUCUUGACGAAUUUGAAGAAAGGAAUUAUUUAUGCAGUUAGAGUAGCUGCAAUGAGUGAUGGUGGAUCAGGCAAAAAAUCUAUAACACUUUAUUUCACAUUGACAGGUGGUUCCAAUGUAGCUAUUGAUCAGACAUUAACAGAGUUCAGAGCUGGAGCUGAUGCAGUUUUCAUGUCAGUUUUUCUACUGAUUGGUUCCUUCUUAAUUUCGAUUAAUUUUUGGUUAUAAGACAAAACAAAGCAGACAAUUAUCGAAUUAUUCUAGUCCUUUUUAACUCUUUUAUUAAGGGACAAUGAAAAAUACUUUUUUGGUAUAUUUUUACAUGUAAUUUUUCAUCAUUUUUUAUAUUUUUUUAUAUGUCUUUAUUAUAUUUGGGGACAGAAUCUCUUAGAAUUAACGUAUGAUAUGAAAGCUAUGGUGAAUCUUAUUAUAGUUUGACUAUCUUAGGAUUAUGAGUCUUUCAUUUUAAGAUUUAUUUUGAAAAUCAAAAGCCAGUUACAAAUAGUGUUGAAGCGUAAUUGUAUCAUUGUGAUUUUUUUUAUCAACCUUUAUAGCAGGAGCUUGCCGUAUAACAUUCUUGUAGACAGGUUACUUAAAUAACUUCCAUUAGAUGUUUGAAUGUUUUGAAAAUAGAAAUUAUAUAAUUCCGAUGGCUACACAAUUAUAUAUAUAUACACUGCAUUUUUUUCUCCAUAAUUUUGUUGUAAAUAGUUGUAGUGAGACAUAAUUGUUGAUAUUACCGUGUACAUAGUUCUUGUAUUGAAACCAUUAAACUUUAAUAUUGAUUUGCAAUUUUUGAGAUGAAUGAAACACUGAAAAAAUUAUUAACAUUUGUAAUUAACGUUGGAGUAAUAUAUAUUGUGGAUUCAAAAUAGUUCAUGGGAUACCAUGUUUAAUGGGUAUCAAUAAACUACGAAUUUAAAUGUUCAACGUAGUACAAAUUUUCAAUAGGCUUUUAAAUUUUAUAAAUUAUAAAUUUUGACUUGGAUGGAGAGUUGUCUCAUUGGCACUCAUACCACAUCUUCUUAUAUCUAUUAUAUGCAGACUUUGACAAAACCAGUAAGAAGACAUGUUAAAAAAUUAAUUUGAUCAUUUUACAACUUUUAGCUUUUAAAAAAGCUUUAAUUAAUAGAUUUAGAUUUCACUUUGAAAAUUCAUAUUAGAAUAAAAAGGAAAGAUAAUUAAAAGUGUAUGCAAUAAUUAAAAAUUUUAUAGUAAUAGAUCUUGAACAGAUUUCAAUAAAACUACAAUGGUUAAUUCAAAAUAAAACCUGAUUCACUUUAUAAAAAGUCUAAAACAUAAUGAUAAUUUCAAAAUAUUGCAGAGGAAAAUAGUGACGUUUGCUUGAAAUAAAAAUACAUUUCAGUUUUCAUUUUUGCAAAAGCCUGUGAAAGGUUGCAUUUAUAAAGUUAACUUUACACCAUAUUUUGUGUUUAUUUUAAGUUACAUUCCAAGCAAUCCAGAGCACAUAUCAAACAUUUUUAUAUAUUUAUAUAUACUGUAUAUAAUUUAUAUAUGUUGUAUUAUACAAAUGUUAUUCAAUUUAUAUUUUUUAAAACUCAUGUAAAGCAUUUUAAACCACUAAGGUCAAAGGUUGUGUUGUUCAUUUUAUAUGAUUCUAUUACUUUUUUUCAUUAUUGAUGAAAAAAUAUUUGCAUGAUUUAAAAUGUUUGUACAACUUUUCAUUACUUGAAGAGUAGAAGCAUAAUAUAUUAACAUAUUAUAAUAUAAAAUUUCCAACAAAAAGAUAUUUUGAUACAGACUAUUGAACUUAAAACUAUUCUCUUUUUGCAAUUGGUAUACCGUGAAUCGGAAGGAUUAUAAAAGUAUAAUAUCAUUUGAUGUACUGGUCCUAAUUAUAUGUAAUGAGUAUAAUUGCUUUUCCCAUUUAAUCAAAUUAUAAAUGUGCAAUUUUAUCUGUUUAAUUAUAAUUAUUACUAGUAGCAUUUUACUUAUGGUUAUUGAAAACUUGCACUUUGUCAAUAUUGAUAUUUGAGUCCAUAAAUUAAUCUAGUCUGUAGCAUAUAAAGAAUACUCAUAUUAGAUUAAUGUUCUUUAAGAUUUAUGAUUGAUUGUACCUUAGAAAUUUUUUUAAUUUUACAUAAUAUAGUUUUUGAUGAACAAAUUAUACUGAAUGAAAUUUAUUGGAACGGCUUUGCAUUAUGUCUAGUGAUUAAUAAUCUGAUUGAUUUUAUUGUCAGAAGCUAUAACAGUUUACCAAAGUUUAUUAUUUUUUUUAUGUGUUAAAAGCAAUCAAUUGUUGUCUCUCUUUGACAAAGUCGAAAAAGCAAGACUUAGACGUGCUGUUUCUGGUGGCAGCAUCAACUAUGUAUUCGUUUGUGAUUAGGUAAGUUUAUGGAAAACCACUAGUGGUAUGUCAAUGAUAUUUGGUAUGCAGUUGAAUUAGCAUUGUUACUUCUCAUUUCCAUAGAGAUUAUUUGGCCCUGCUCCCUCAGUCAUGGUCUAUUGACUUUGAAACUUUUGCUUAAUUUAAAUGUAUUAGUAUGUAAGAUUAAGUCGAACCAUUAGUAAUAUGUCAAUGAUGGUAUGAAUGUGUAUUAGCAUUGGCACAUCUCAUUUCUAUAGAGAUUAUUUGGCUCCAUCCUCUCAGUCAUGGUCCAUUGACUUUGAAUAUUUGCAUAGAUUAGACAUGAUAGAUGAAGUUUGUCAUUAGAUGAGUUUAAGAUGAACAACUAAUGUUAAGUCAAUAAUAUUUGGUAUGCAUUUGUAUAAGCAUUUGCAAGUCUGAUUUCCAUUGAGAUAAUAUGACCCUGCCACCUCAUCAUGGUUCAUUGACGCUGACACUUUUUUCAUAGUUUACAAGUUAAAGUUUGUGUUUAGGUUAGUUUAAUGGGAACCACUUAUGAUAGGUCAAUGGUAUUUGUUAUUCAGUUUUAAAAGCAUUGGCAUUUCUCAUUUCCAUAGAGGUUUUUUGGCCCUGCGCCUUCAGUCAUGACUCUGAAUGUUUUGCAUAGUAUACAUGUUUAAUUAUUGCCAUUUUAAUUUUAAUAUUUGCAGUAAUUACAAAAAAGCCAGACAUAUCUUUGCAUCAACAGUUUAUUAUAUUCUAGUCAAAGAAUUAAUCUAGUCUGUUGAUUAUCAAGAAUACUCACCCAGGUAAAGUUUCACUGAUUUUUAUUUGUGAUUAUCAAUGAAGGAACCUAAAAGAUAAAGGAACUAAGAAUAAAAAGUGUUUCAAUAUUAUAUAUUAUCAGAAUAAUUAUGUAUUUUGUUAUGUGAACAAUGUAAUGAUAUAAUAUGUGAACAGGGUAAUAUUAUGUUAUGUUGACAAUGUAAUAUUAUGUUAUCUAAUGUGAUAUUAUGUUAUAUGAACAGUGUGAUUUAGUGUUAUCUAGACAGUGUAAUAUUAUGUUAACAAUGUAAUAUAAUGUUAUCUGAACAGUGUAAUAUAGUGUUGAUAUGAAGGUCCGUGGCUCUUUUUUGGGGCACUCAAGAUUCUUUCACCAAUAAAAACUGCCUGCCACAAUAUAACUUUAAACACCAAAAAUCAAUCAAUUAUUAUUAUAUGUUAUAUGAACAGUGUAAAUCAAAACAAUUAUAUAUAUAUAUAUAUAUAUCAGCAGUAAUUAAAAUCUUUUAUUUUAGCUAUUACAGAACAGUAUUUGUGAAUCACCUAAACCAGCAUUUUAACUGUGACUAGCUUUAAAGGAAUUAAAUUUUUAUGUCUUCCAUAUCAUUAUAGAAUGCGAUACAAUUUCUUAUUAUUCACCUAAUUUUACUUGGCUAGGUAAAGACUGUUUACUGAAAAAAUAAUGUAUAUUUUGAUUAAAAUUAAAAUGUAUAAAAUACAAUAUAAAUUAUUUGUGAAACAAUAGAAGGAAAAAUUGUAACUAGGUUUUCUACACUUUUUUAUGCAACAUGAAGCAUUAAAGACAUCUCUACAUUUGCUAUGCAGUCGUUUUUUUAAAUAAAAUUGUUUCUUUUAUUAGAAUGAAAUAAUAAAUAGUAUUUUCUUGCAAACUAAUCAGCUAGCUAUUAUACUUUAAUGUGAAAAUUUUUAUUAUUCUGUUAUUGUUUAUAACCUAUGAUGUUUAUAUACUCUAGUAUUAUCAAUUCUAGUCAUCAUUUAUGAAUGGUUGCAGAUUUAAACAGUUCAGAAAAGGGGAUUUUAAUAUUUUGUUACUUUUCUUCAACAUCGCAGUCCUGAUUUUCAAAGCUUUCAUUAUUUUUACUUAUUUCUCUAUGCAUGUAAUCAAAUGAUUGUGUUCAGCAAGUUUUGUCAAAACUAGUCACUUUGUUUGCUUUGUAUUAUACAUGAUAAAACCACAGGAGUCAUAUUUGAUAGUUUAUGGUAGAGACUUUUAAUGAUUUGAAUUAGUUAAAACAUAUUUACCAAGAUAUGUUAUGGUUUCUUUUAUUUCUUAUAGGUAAUACUCAAGGUACUAAUUUUGAAAAUAUUAUCAAUUGAAUUUGACAUUGGUUGUAUUUUAUUGUUUUUAUAUGAUAAUACUAAUUAAAAAAUCUACAAUAGUUAA